GCAGAGCAGAGUGAGCAGAGUGUGUGCUCCCUCACAGCGGACACCGGUAGGCUCAUGAAUGAACAGCAGACACACAGAGACGAGACUGUUGAGCACCACAGACACGUCCUGACAGCAGCACCGUCCUCACUCCUCCAACCCAGGCAAGGUGCACCGUCCUGGGGGUGAACUCUGCACGGACUCAGCGUCUUCUUCUGGAGCUCUGCAGGCUCACACCGUGUCUCUGCUCCAACACCUGGCUCUUUUCUUCACUCGGUCUUCUUCUACGUGUGUGUUUAUGUGAGCGUUUGAGGACAGUUUUGCAGAGCUGUUAAUGAUUUUUGAAUGGGUUACAAAUCCUCUGGAUUAGGAUAUGGAGUGAUUCGCGGCUCAGAACAACAGUGGAAGUAACAACCGUUAGAAGUACACACACAGACUGGAUUUUCUCUGGAGGUUCCUGUUGGAGUCAUCGACUGCGACUGAGCAGCUUCUCUGUCAGUUUUCCCACACUGGGAUUUACAACUGCGAAUCUGUUGAAAGGAUGCUGCAGGGACUCGACGAGGGACUGAGCCCUACCUGAACCCCCUCCCCCUCCUCUCCCCGACCCUCAGAGCCCUCAGUGCCGCCAUCCCAUCAUGAACCUGCUGUGCCGUGGGCGCCUGAAGCUGCUGGUGGCGUCUCUCACUGCCAUCGUCCUGCUCACCUGGCUCUACCUGCUGGCUGGAAACCUGGAGAAUGGGCGCUCCCUCCUCCUGGCUCCCUGUCUGGCCGACACACCAGCAGCUCAAGUCCUAGAGCGAGCCGUCCUCGAGUCUCGGGUUCGAGAAGUGGAGGAAGAGAAUCGACAGAUCCGGCUGCAGCUCAGCCAAUCACAAGGCACCGCUGCCCAGGUGCCGGAUGGUAAUUAUGGCAACCAGCAGUGGGGAGCCUCCGCAGACACGGGACCAGAGGACGGGGACAACACGGCGGAGGAGAAGAACAACCAUACGGAGUGUCCUCGAUCACCCACCGUCCAGAAGUGUGAGCUGAUCCAUGUAGCGUGCGUUUGUGCUGGUCACAACGCCAGCAGGGAUGUGGUCACGCUGGUCAAGUCUGUCCUCUUUCACAGGAGAAAUCCUCUCCACUUUCAUUUCAUCACCGACACAGUAGCCAACCGCAUCCUGAGCUCUCUGUUUCAGUCCUGGAUGGUCCCAUCUGUGCAAGUCAGCUUCUACGAUGCAGAUGAACUCAAGUCGGAGGUGUCGUGGAUACCCAACAAACAUUACUCAGGUAUUUACGGCUUGAUGAAGCUGACGCUAACCAAAGCUUUGCCCUCAGACCUAUCAAAGGUCAUCGUCCUUGACACGGACAUCACCUUCGCCACCGACAUCGCUGAGCUCUGGGGCAUUUUUAGGAAGUUCACCGAUAAACAGGUGAUCGGCCUGGUGGAGAACCAGAGCGACUGGUACCUAGGGAACUUGUGGAAGAACCACAAACCCUGGCCUGCGUUGGGACGAGGCUUCAACACAGGCGUAAUUCUUCUCUACUUGGAGCGAUUGCGGCGAAUCGGUUGGGAGCAGAUGUGGCGGUUGACAGCAGAGAGGGAGCUGAUGAGCAUGCUCAGUACAUCGCUGGCUGACCAGGACAUCUUCAACGCCUUCAUAAAACAGAACCCGGUCCUGGUGCACCAGCUGCCCUGCUUCUGGAACGUCCAGCUGUCUGAUCACACUCGCUCCGAGCAGUGUUACACAGAGGUGUCUGACCUCAAGGUGAUCCACUGGAACUCUCCAAAGAAGCUCAGAGUGAAGAACAAACAUGUGGAGUUCUUCAGGAACCUCUACCUGACCUUCCUGGAGUACGAUGGAAACCUGCUGAGACGAGAGCUGUUCGGCUGCCCGAGUCAGGCCAGUCCAGAGAGCGUCCGGCUGCAGGCAGCUCUGGAGGAGCUGGACGAGGACGAUCAGUGUUACGACUUCCGCCGGGAACGACUCACUGUUCACCGAGUGCACCUCUACUUCCUGCAGUACGAGUACACGCCCACCGAGGACGACACUGACAUCACGCUGGUGGCCCAGCUCUCCAUGGACAGGCUGCAGAUGCUGGAGGCCAUCUGUAAACACUGGGAAGGCCCCAUCAGCCUGGCGCUCUACAUGUCCGAUGCCGAGGCUCAGCAGUUCCUUCGCUACGCUCAGGCCUCUGAGGUCCUCAAGAACCGCAAGAACGUUGGCUACCACAUCGUCUACAAAGAGGGCCAGUUCUACCCCGUAAACCUAGUGAGGAAUGUGGCCUUGAAGAAUGCUAACACGCCGUACGUGUUUCUGACUGAUGUAGACUUCCUGCCGAUGUACGGUCUCUACGAUUACCUCAGAAGGUCUGUGGUGCAGCUGGACAUGGCUCACACUAAGAAGGCACUGGUGGUUCCAGCUUUCGAAACACUUCGUUACCGUCUGUCCUUCCCCAAAUCCAAAGCUGAACUGCUCUCCAUGCUGGACAUGGGGACUCUCUACACCUUCAGGUAUCAUGUGUGGCCUAAAGGUCACGCUCCUACCAACUAUGCCAAAUGGCGAACAGCCACCACACCGUAUAAGGUGGAGUGGGAGCCAGACUUUGAGCCCUACGUUGUGGUGAGACGGGACUGUCCAGAGUAUGACCAGCGCUUUGUAGGCUUUGGCUGGAACAAGGUGUCACAUAUCCUGGAGCUGGACGCACAGGAGUACGACCUGAUGGUCCUCCCCAAUGCCUUCAUGAUCCACAUGCCCCACGCUCCCAGCUUUGACAUCUCCAAGUUUCGCUCCAGCUCCAGCUACCGCAACUGUCUCAACACCCUGAAGGACGAGUUUCACCAGGACCUGUCCAGAAAGUACGGCUCGGCCGCUCUCAAGUACCUCACCGCCCAGAGGAACAUCUAAAGACCAGAACUGCUGAGCGCCAGCGACACCGGCAGCCUCUAAGCUGACGAGGCCCGAGAGCUUGGACAUGUACUGACGCAGCACUGCACUGCGGGCUGCAUCGCCGCACAGCGCAAACAAUGACGGUAAAGCUUUAUGGCCCUUUUGAACAUUCUUGGGCUCCUGUGCAUUAAUUCUCCAGUCGACGCCACCUCGAGGUGACAAGAGGACAAGACGCAGAGACGACCAACUGGAGUAAGUGGCAGUAGAUUACCUAGAGGCAGGAUUGACUGGGCUGAGAGGGGCCAUGAAUGAGCAUGGAUGCUGACGGGACUAGCUUUAAGGCCGGGAAUUAACAACCAUAUUCUUACAACUUGUUUUGACAAUCAGGGCUUUUUCCAGAAGACACACUGUCAAACAGUCCGUCCACAUGAAUAUCUGGACACGACGGGACCCGUGUCAUUUUGGAGAAACAUUUAAAAGAGAAGACUACAUUUGGAACAUGUCUGUGAGGCCAGUCGAACUGGGGAAAGAUUUAAGCCUUAUCACUUUCCAUGGUAUUUACUGAAAUAUUUAAUAUUUCUUUUCUUUUUUUUUCAGUGUAAAUCAGAACCAAUGAAUAACAACCAUUUACAAUGUUUCUUAUUACGACUAUACAUAAGAAUCAGUUUAUUUUUCCUUCCUAUAUUUUCUGACCUCUUUGAAAGAAUCCAUCUUGUCCCAGGCGAAUAAUUUCAGAUUUUCUGUGAGCUUCAGGGAUGUGCUUUUUAUGUGUGUGUGAGUAUGAUCCAGCUGCAUCAUGUGGCUCGUCUUCAACAAGCUUACUGAUUGUCGUCGAUGUCAUCCUCGCUUUUGUCUUGAUCAUAUAUUUGCUUGCAUGUAAAGAGUUGCACUACAUGAUUUCACAUAAGAACAUGGUCAUUUUGUCACGUUUUUUUUUUUUUCAUCAUUCAUCCCUCUGAAAGAAGCAAAACUCCACUAAUGAUAAGAGAUAUAUCAUUACUGACAGGGACCAACUCACACGACCAACACUUCCACCUUACAGUGAGUUGUUAUUAAGGAAGCUGUUAACUCUGAAAUUAAACUGCUACACUCGAAUGAAAAGCAGGAGCUUUUUUUUUUUGUGCCAUUACAUCUAUAAUGUGUCUGAUUCACUGGAUAUACUCUAUGUGCCAUCUACUGUAGCACCUAACCUACAACUCUGUUUUUACCUUGUAAAGUCCAACUGAAAUGACAAAUUUGUGCUUUUCUGCAGUCAGGUCACAUUUAUUAUUGAAAGAAUAAGACUUAGAGGAAUACGUCACUUCCAAAUUAUAAUUUGUAAAUCAGUGACUAACUCAGCGUUACUUUGAAUUUGUGAAGUUUUGUGUUUGUUUUAACCACAUGCCCCCUCGGUGAACGAUGAAUCAAAAAAAAAAGCAUUCUUCAUGAAUUGAUGUCAUAGGGGUCCAACUGCAGAACUGUAACAAAACAUGAGUUUAGAAACUUGCGCACAACCCGUGCAGUGUAAUCCAAGUCUCAUGUAUCCAGUCAUAUGCUUAGUACUUCCCAAACCAUAAAUUAAAUUGUUUAUAUCACUUUCCUAUAAACAGCACAGGCACACUACUUGCCCGUGUAUGAGACUGCUUUGUGGAAGUGUUUCACAUAUUACAGUUUAAGCAAAAAUGCAUGUGUUUUGGAAGUGCUGAAUAUAUGACUGGAUGUAUGAGACUUGGAUUCAGAGUUGACGUAAGACAGCAUAUGGUGGCUUUUGGUCGGUAUCAUGUGUAGUUGUCCAGCAGAUGAAAAUAACAAUGGCCAAAAUAUCCUUUGGGAGAUAUACCAAAUUAAUUAAUAGCAUAUUAAAUAGCCAAACAUUGUGUGACCUAUAUGAUAUGUUACCAAGAAAACUCAAUUAUAAACAGACCAGAUUUUUGGAUAUUAAUUACCAACAUAUCUUUUUGUCCAGGCCAUACAGAGUGCGUCCCUGCCUCUUCAGUGCAUACGCCACAUCCACAGCGAUCACGGUCCUUCUCUUAGAGUUCCUGGUAUAGUUAGGUGACGGCUUCACGGAUCACGUUCUUGAGGAAGACCUCCAACACACCAGGGGUCUCCUUGUAGAAAACAGACCAGAGAUACGCUUCACACCACCAUGGCGAACCAGACAAUGAAUAACAGGCUUGGUGGACAUUGAUGCAUGCCGAUUUUUCAUAGGCUGCUGCCCACUUCCUUUCUGCGCCAGUGUUGACCAAUGGGGCUUUUCACAAUUUGCUUCUGGUAUCAACGGCUAGGUGACUGCUCAACAACUGACGUAUCGUGGCACUUCGACUUUCAGUGCAAACAUAAUGCUUGGCAAACUGAGUGCUUUUCCCUCUUCGCAUCUGCCACUAAACCUGUGAUUAGUCACUCUGUUCAAUAGACGUCUUCUUCAUUUAGCUUAUUUUCAAGUUAUUAAUUUUGACUCCUUUUAUUGCUGUUUAAGUGUAGGUUAUUUUAAACAUAUGUCUGAUAGUUGUUCUUUAUGGCCAGAAUUCUGGAAUUUUAACAGCCAUAGCGUAAACCCUGUUUGGAUUAUACUGCACAAGUUGUCAGUGUUUGGAAAUGGAUAUUCUGAUAUAGUUUUGUAUAAGAUGUGGGCCCUUUUACUCCAAUUCAUCAGGAAUUUUCUGGUUUGGAUUCUUUGUUCACCAUGGAGUCAUGCGGGAAAAACAAAAGUUUUAUUCACAAAUUCAACCAACACAGGCAAGUCAUUGAUAUACAAAUGAUCAUUUGGGGGGUGAAGUAUUCUUCUAGAUUAGAAACUAGACUUGGUCAUAAUCAUCACAUGAGAAAAUGUGUAUUUCUCGGGUCUAUUUGGAGUGGUUCUGACUGUCCUGCAGGAUAUGUUUUAUCUAGUCCAUGCUGGAUUUGGGUCCAAUAUUAUGGACCUGUGGAGACUGUACUUUCCAAGCCUAGCCUAGACAGCAAGAAAAAUAACAAUUUUUGUCUAAUCUGACAAAACUUUGAAUCUGCUAAAAGUUUUUUUUUUUAAAUGCUUAGACUGCAGUUUACUCACUAAUUAACUUAAGCAACUAAUCUGAAAUCUCACAAUAACAGGUGGUCGUUUAUCACACGAGAUUACAAAAACAGAGGCAUUAGCUAGGAGACUAAUGUUAGCUGCAGUUCAAAGCCUGUUGGUCACACUUGACGUUUUAUGCAAAUGGAGUUUUGACGGGCUGUGUGCAAAGAAGUUCUGAAUCUACAAUGCAGAUAACCACACAAACUAAUAUACAGACAAACAAGGAGGCCAUUAAACCACAUAUGUAAAAGUACAAAUUUGGAUACUUAUCCCCUUCCCACAAACACCAAACUUGUAAUUUACAGAGCAAAUCUGUAUGCUACAAUCAAAGGAAAACAUGUAAACCAGUUUCAGUUGGACUUCAAUCUACAUAAUUUCAUUGUUUGUUUUUAUAUAUACAUACAUUUUGUGAAGGAUGGCAGUGUAGUUUGCUUGGUCUGACCAUCAAACACUGCCAACCAACACAUUACCAUCUUAACUGACUAUGAUUUUGGUGAUUCUCACCUUUUUGUCUAGAGCUGCUGUCAGAUCAAAAAGAUUGAUAAGUUAUUGGCCAGAUUUAAACAUUGUUCUGUGUAUAUUCAAUCUCCCCAGAGGAGUCUUUCCCUCCAGCAGAGGACACACUUUAUUCUUUUAGUGACAUUAUAGCCUCUCAGGAUUUUAGUUUUGUUUUCAAUCAUUCAUCUCCUCUCUACUCUUCUCACUACCAUUUGUGUUAAAGAAUUAUUUUGUCCUCCACAUUCUUCAUUUAUUUUCUUGACACCCCCCCUGCAUUUGGACAAAAGGCAAGUCGGGAAGAAUUGAUUCAAAUCUAGUAUAAUUUCCACAGAGAAUAAGUCAGAUGUGGCAAGUGGUGUACAUGAGUGAUGGUGUGUGUGAUGGAGGCUCAGACUGUUUGUUUGGUGGAGAGUGAGUGUGAACGGAAGAGACCUAACCCCCCACCCCCACCCUGCUGCCAUCCAUGCCGCCUCCAUUGACUUGUCGUUGAUUGUGGUAAAUGCUAGUGCCUUUGCUGUAUUGUGAAACUGGAUAUUGAUUGUACUGUUGUACCGACAGGGCCUGGGGAUAGUCAGGCACUCUAUUUAUUAUUGUUGAUUCAAAUCAAUCAUAUUUUUCUAUGUAAGUGCUUUAAAUAAAUUUGCCCUUUUUUAA